GAGGAGGGAGAGUGAGAGGAACGAGAGGGGUCUUGCAUAGAUAAAGUUGCUGGGGGAGUAUGGAGUUCAGGGAGAGAACAGAACACUAUGCAGAGGAGCCAAAGAGAGGAGCAGAACCAGAAUAUGCCAGAGAGAGUGUGUUGGUUCCAGGGGCAGAGUUACCACAAGCUGAAGAGGGCAUGUCUGCAGCGGGGCAAGCUCUUCAAGGAUGCCCUCUUUCCCCCAUCCGCACUGUCACUCUUCUACAAACGAGCCCCACCCCCUGGACUCACAUGGAAAAGACCACGGGAACUGUGUAAGGACCCUCGUCUCUUUGUGGACAGGAUCAGCACAUGGGACCAGCACCAAGGCAGCUUAGGUAACUGCUGGAUGGUGGCAGCCACUUCCUGUCUGGCCUCGGAGCCAUCGCUGUGGAAGAAGGUGAUUCCUGAUCACGUGGAACAGGAGUGGAAACCCAAGCGUCCGGACCUGUACGCCGGAAUCUUCCACUUCCGCUUCUGGCGGCUUGGCCGCUGGACAGACGUGGUGGUGGACGACCUCCUUCCGGUCAGCGAGGACGGAACGCUGCUCUUCUGCCGCUCAGCCACGCCACGGGAGUUCUGGAGCAGCCUGCUGGAGAAGGCCUACGCCAAGUUGAAUGGCUGCUAUGAGGCAUUAGAAGGCGGUAACACGGCGGAGGCCCUCAUAGACUUCACAGGGGGGGUGUCGGAGCCCCUAUGCCUGGACAGGGAGGCCCUCACCCUGCACCCCGACCAGAGGAGGGCGCUGUUCCAGACCCUGGCCAAGGCCCACGGAUGCAAAGCCCUCAUCACCUGCUCUAUACGGCCAGCGGAGGGAGAGAGAGUAGAGUCGGUGCUAGACUGUGGUCUGGUGCGGGGCCAUGCCUACGGUAUCACCGCGGUGAGCAAGGUGCGUCUGGGGAAGCGGUCACUGCUGACUGGCCGUUGUAGCGGGACAUCCCGUCUCGGCAUGGUGCGCAUGAGGAACCCCUGGGGUACAGCCGACUUUACCGGGCCCUGGAGUCAGGGGUCUCAGCAGUGGAAGCAGGUUGGUCGUGGUGAGAGGGAGAAGAUGGGCCUCAUUGUCAGAGAUGUGGGAGAGUUCUGGAUGGAGUUUGAGGACUUCUGCCGCUACUUCACAGAUGUGGUGGUGUGUCGUCUGGUAGAACGAGCCCUGCUGUGGCCCAACACCCACUGGAGAGAGGUUCGCUGCCAUGGGGAGUGGGUCCCAGCCCCCAACACUACCGGGGCAACCCCCGCCACCCUCCUCCCCGGCCGCCAGGCAUCCAACUUCGGGAAGAACACAGCCAAGCCUGGGGAGGUGAACCAGACUCCGCGAGGGGACAGGAAGGAGGCAAGAUUGGGGAAAGACGGAGAGAAGACAAAGAGGAAGGAGGAGAGUGUGAAGAAGGAGAGAGAGGUGGAUGGACGGUGGGAUAAACACAUGGAUAAGAGGAGUAGGUGUGGAGGAUGCAUCAACCACAAAGACACCUUUCUACACAACCCCCAGUUCAUGUUUGAGGUGCAGGGAAAGGAGGAUGAGGUGUUGAUCUGUCUGCAGCAGGAGGACCGGAGGAUAAAGAGGAAGGAUGGAGGAGGAGCGAAUCUGCCCAUCGGCUUUGAGGUGCUGAGGGUGGAGGUGAACCGUCUAAGCCGUGUGCAGCGUGUGGUGGAGCAGGCUGCAAGCUCUGUGUACAUGGACUCCCGUAGCGUUGCCCUGCGAGUGACCCUGGUCCCCGGCCGCUACGCCCUCCUCCCCACCACCUUUCAACCUAGGGCCACCGGACGCUUUCUGCUACGCCUCUUCUCACAUUCACACCUCAGACUCAGUGAGUUGAGACAGGAGUUGCCUGCUCUGUCAGUGUGGCAGUGUUGUCUCCCCCAGUCCAGUGUCGUGACCACCGUCCACCUGCGCCGAGCUUGCGGACUCAGCCAGCCCAACAGAGUAGCACCAGAUGUGUAUGCUGUGAUCUGUUGUGAAGACGACACCAUAAGAACACGAGUGUUCAAGGAGGAUGGAAAUCCAGAGUUCAAUAUGAGGGCCAUUUUCUACAGGAGAUACCCAGAUGCACACAUCAGCAUUAAGCUGUGGAGCCGUGGUCUACUUUGGGACACUCUAUUAGGAGGGGCUCGACUCCAGACCGGCGACAGCGAGAAAGAGCGGAGCCAGGGGAUUGACCUGCAGGGCGGCCAAUCACAUUCAGGAUACCAGGGAUGCAUCUAUGUGGAAACCUUAUCCAGCAAAUGCCUGACAGACUUGUGACAGACAGCUGUGGCUUGUCCCACCCACUAUACAACCAUGGCAAUCACUGCUUUUCUGGAUGAAGCAGCGGAUUUGAAUGAGGAUGGAUCCAAUUCAAUAGCUUUGAAGGAAAAUAGACAUUUGUCUUCGGCUUCCAUGAAUUACAAAGACAAAUACCUCUUUGAAUGAAAUGUUAUGAGAACUCGGAACUACUGCGUUAAGGAACAGAAAAGCACAGUGAUCUGUUUGUUGUUCACUACUAGUGCAGAGGAGAUCAUAAAAUCAUAAAAAUAUCCCCUAACGUUACAUCUCUGCUGGCUAGACCAUGUAAGAGUACAAUAUUAUCCAAAAAACAACAACAUUUAAACUGUAAAAAUACAUUGAUUACCAGCUGCCAAGGUUAUCUAAGGAAUAUACAUAAUAUAUGUAGGUCUACUCUUUUUUUAAAGGUGCAUAAAUUUAGGAAAAACAUUUUGAUCAAUUAAAAUGUCAUUUUUCACUACAAACUGAUCAUUAUAUAGAUGUUUUAUUUCACCUUAAUAUGGUAUGCUAUAUUUUCAAAUAUUUAUUUGAAAAAGAUACAUAUUUCAACGUGGGAUUUUGUUUUUUGAAUUAAUGUGAACAAGAGUAUACCCUAACCUGUCUCUUCUAGCCGUAUUCACAAUCAACUAUCAGGUUUCAGGUAUGACCCAGAUGCAGACAGUGUCGAUGAAACAAACAUUUAUUUCUAGUCCAGGGGCAGGCAAACGACAGGUCAAUGGCAGGCAGAGGUCAGUAAUCAAGCGAGGGUACAAAAGGCCCAGAACGGCAGGAGGACUCAGGGUCAGGGCAGGCAGGGGUCAAUAAUUCAGUGAGGUGGGGCAAGGUAUAGAGCAGGCAGGCAGGGUCAAGGCAGGCAGGGGUCAAUAAUCCAGAGGGUACAAAAGGUCCAGAAUGGCAGGAGGACUCAGGGUCAGGGCAGGCAGGGGUCAAUAAUUCAGUGAGGUGGGGCAAGGUAUAGAACGGCAGAAAGGCUCGGGGUCAGGGAAGGCAGAACGGUCAAAACUGGGAAGGGACAUUGCUAAAGUGGGUGUGGACAAAAAUAUUAAUUGUAAAAAAAAUAUUGACUUGAAUGCUAAAAAAAUAAUAUUGUACACAGUAUUAUCAAAGACUUUUAUAAUUAACCAAGAUAGACUGGAGACUGUCUUUUCAAAUGGGAGCAAACUGGGCUUCCUCGCAUCACCAUAUUUGGUAUUUGGUAGAGUGGAAACGCCAAUCAGAUGCUUCACAUUUAUACAUCUGGUGAAAUAUCUGUCUCAUUGUUCUAUCUGUGGUAUGAUCAACUUAAUUACUCCAAAUGCAAAGCACUUGAGACCAAGUGUUGAUUAGAAGGAGUACAAAAGAGAGAAACAUAUUGUAUAGAACUUUAAAAAUAUUUUAUCUGUUGUGAGUAGAGAAUUGGGGCAUCUUUAUACAUUACAUUUCUAUAGGCCGUUGAUGACAAAACCUGGGUUGAAAUCUUUCCAAUACUUUGAGCCUGGAGUGCAAGGAAUGAGGGAUUUGCACUUUUGAGACUUUUCUAUUGGUUCCAUUUCAACAGGCAACCUAAAUCAAUUACAGAUACAGUGAAUGAUUUCAAAUAGUAUUUGAACGCAGAUCUGUUGAUGACAAGGACCAUAAUAUAGCAUCCUAUGGAAUGUUUGUGUCAUGGCUCUCUUUCUCCCUCUGACUUUCCUGAAUACCAGUGGUGAUUUUAGCAUGUCAAUCUUGGUGAAGCAAACUCCCCAAAUGUUUUGUUGUUGAUGCAUGCCAACAAAGCCACUACACAACACUACACUAAACAAUGCAUUCAUUGCACUAUAACGGUGACAAAUGUAAUUCAGUCUUAUUGACUGUCUUUAAAAAAUAGAUAUCUGAUAUGGCUGACUUGCUUAAACAAAUGUGGUUUCUACUGACAAAUGAGAUGUACAAACUAUGGCAUAAGGAGAUGACGAGCAGAUAGGAGGCAAUCUGUAAUUUCGAUUAGACAUUAAUGAGCGAGCUAGGAUGGAUUUAGUCAAUAUAAUUAUGUGUUCAGCACUUUUGACAUGUAUAGUUACAGAAUUCAGAACAUGGGCCGUUCUUACAGUAUUCUCCCUGUUCACCAAGUCAGAACCGUAGGAUAUAUAA